AUGCAACAACAACUAGAAGGUCAAAGAAUUGAAAUAGAAGAUUUAAAGAAACGAUUACAGAAAGUUUAUGAGGAUAGGACUAAGAUUCAUAAUUUAUAUGAUGAACAAUAUAAAAAGAAUGAACAGAAACAUAUUGAAACAAUUAUUGAAAUAGCAAAAGCAGAACGUGAAUCUUUAUUUGGUGAUGUAAAAUCAUUAAUCGGAGAUAAUGAAAG